ACAAAGAACGACCCGUCUUCUUUAAUUCCCACCAAGUUUCUCCCUCUCUCGCAUCCGAUUUCGAUCCCCCUUUUCCAUCCUUUUCUCGAAAAUCAUGGAUACCGAAAUUCACGAAGGUUCCCCCAUUGUCGACGACAACAUGACCGACUCCGUCAUGCUCGACGGCGACAUUGAGGUCACCCCCAAGACCGAGGAGGAGUACGCACAGUCCAUGCUGACUCUCCGUGCAAUCGUCUCCUCCAAGGAAGCGGGUGUGAUCAUCGGCAAGGCUGGUAAAAAUGUCGCUGAUUUGCGCGACGAGACCGGUGUCAAGGCCGGUGUGAGCAAGGUGGUUCCCGGUGUUCACGACCGAGUUUUGACUGUUACCGGUGUCUUGCAAGGUACCGCCCAAGCCUACGCGAUCGUAGCCAAGAGCUUGCUCGAGGGUGCCCCGCAGAUGGGCAUGGGUGGUGUUGUUUCCAGCAACGGCACUCAUCCCGUUCGUCUCCUCAUCUCCCACAACCAGAUGGGUACCAUCAUCGGACGCCAGGGCUUGAAGAUCAAGCACAUCCAGGACGCUUCCGGUGUUCGCAUGGUCGCUCAGAAGGAAAUGCUCCCCCAAUCCACCGAACGAAUUGUCGAGGUGCAAGGAACCCCCGAGGGUAUCGAGAAGGCUGUCUGGGAAAUCGGAAAAUGCCUCAUCGAUGACUGGCAGCGGGGAACUGGCACUGUUCUCUACAACCCCGCCGUCCGCUCGUCUGCCGGUCCCCAGCCUACAGCUUCCAGCCCCCCGGGCAACAGCUACAGUAGCCGCCCCUACAACCGUACCGGCAAUGGCGCCGACUUCAGCGACCAGUCUUCUGGUGCCUACAGCAGACGAUCCAACCCCGAUACUUCGAACCGCGGUUACCCCCUUGUCACCGAGGACGGCGAAGAGAUCCAGACCCAGAACAUCAGCAUCCCCGCUGACAUGGUGGGAUGCAUCAUUGGCCGCGGUGGAACCAAGAUCACUGAGAUCCGCAGAAGCUCCGGAGCCCGGAUCUCGAUUGCUAAGGCUCCUCAUGAUGAGACUGGCGAGCGCAUGUUCACCAUCAUGGGAAGUGCUCAGGCUAACGAGAAGGCUCUAUACCUCCUUUACGAGAACCUCGAAGCCGAAAAGACCCGCCGCAGUCAGCUGCCUCAGGAAUAAAUUUACUGAGCUCUCUGUUUGCUCGGAAACGACCACAUGAUUCCUAUUCACCGUGGUGGGGUCGGGGUUAACCAUCCUCAAACUUCGAAACCAUGUGUCCUCUUUCUAAUCUUUCUGCUACCUGAUGUUUUAUUCUUUUUUUUUUUUUUCCCCCUUCCUUACGCGGC